GAAGCUAAACGUUCGUCUGUCAUGGAAUGAUAUCGAAGUCUUUCGUUAGUUUCGUUAUGGAUUCCAUUUUUUUCCGCAGAACUUUAUCAAAAUUAUUUUAGCAACAAUGCAAAGUCCAUUUUAGCCUACUGCAUUGGGCUCAUAUGUAUUAUUUCCGCUCAAACUAAAGUCUCCCUCCCUCCAUUUGACUUAUCCAGAGUCAUUUGGAACUCAUCUGCCCUUGUAGCGGUCGUGUAAACCCCGUAGUCGGCUCGUCACGUUGUGCCGCUUCAAGAGCGGGCCAAGGCUUCGAUACCGGAUUGAGGAGCCAUGCUGUGGAAUUAUUGUAAUUAGGAAAUAGUAUAAAUGGAAAAAUGAAGUGUUGCUGGCCCUCGCUGAAUGGCUAAGCGAGAUGGAUCCAUUACUAAUUCAAAGUGUUUAAUGGAUCUGUCCGACCAUGUGGACCUAACGGAAAAAUCCGAAGAAUUCAAGAAACUUGUCGAAUAUGGUCUUAAUCCUAAAGUGGUCGGUAAACUAGAAGAAAUAUUUAAAACAGGCAAGCUCCUGUACUCGGAGUUGGACGAGCGUGCCCUAGACGCCCUGAAGGAGUUUCCUGUUGAGGGUGCGAACGACGUCCUUCGACAGUUUCUGGACUCAAGCCUUGAGCACGUGUCCAAUAAAUCUGCAUUCCUGUGUGGUGUUAUGAAAACAUAUCGACAGAAGAUGAAGGUACCAGCAAACGCCAAUGCAUCGACCAAUGCCUCAGCAAAUGCCAGCGCCACAAGCAAGGGUCCAGAUGAAGAAAAGAUCAAAGCCAUCUUGGAUCGAACAGGAUAUACCUUGGAUGUGACCACAGGACAGAGGAAGUAUGGGGGGCCCCCACCUAACUGGACUGGCUCUCCUCCAGGUCCUGGAUGUGAAAUUUUUGUGGGCAAGAUUCCAAAAGACAUUUUUGAGGACGAAUUGAUUCCUCUUUUUGAGCGAUGUGGACCCCUCUGGGAUCUAAGAUUGAUGAUGGACCCCCUGACUGGGCAAAACAGGGGCUAUGCCUUUAUCACAUACAAGACUCGCCAGGGAGCACAGAAUGCUGUGAAGCAGUUGGACAACCAUGAAAUUCGUAAGGGCAAGUUCAUUGGAGUAACGGUGUCCAUCAACAAUCAUCGCUUGUUCGUGGGCAACAUUCCAAAAAACCGAGGGAAGGAUGAGCUCCUUGAGGAAUUUUCCAAGCAUGCACCGGGCCUGGUGGAGGUGAUCAUCUACUCCAGCCCGGACGACAAGAAGAAGAACCGGGGCUUCUGCUUCCUGGAGUACGACUCCCACAAGGCGGCCUCCCUGGCCAAGCGGCGCCUCUCUACCGGGCGCAUCAAGGUGUGGGGUUGCGACAUCAUCGUGGACUGGGCGGAUCCUCAGGAGGAGCCGGAUGAGGAGACCAUGGCCAAGGUGAAGGUGCUGUAUGCUCGCAACUUGACGUCCGAGGUGACGGAGGAGCGCCUGCGGGAGCUAUUCGAGGGUGCCGCGGGGGGCGCCCGGGUGGAGCGGGUGAAGAAGAUCAAGGACUACGCCUUCGUGCACUUCGAGGAGCGGGAGGCGGCGGUGGAGGCCAUGCGCCAGCUGGACGGGAGGGAAGUGGGCGGCGCCCCCCUCCAGGUCAGCCUGGCCAAGCCACCCUCCGACAAGAAGAAGAAGGAAGAGAUCCUGCGCAACCGGGAGAGGCGCAUGAUGCAGAUGAUGCAGCAGAGAGCAAUGAUGAUGGGCAUCCCUCCUCCUCCACCCAGGGGUAGAGGAGCUAGGCUGCCCCUUCCUGCUGCUGCACGCUCGUAUGAUUACGACUACGACUACUACGGGUACGGCGACUACCAGGGAGGCUAUGGCGGCGGCUCUGACCCCUACUACGAGGACUACUACGGCGGGCGGUACGACGACUAUUACGACUACGGCUACCGCGCCCGAGACCCCCCGCUCCCACUGGCUGCAGCGGCAGCCCGUGCCGCCAGGGCAGGACCUGAGAGGGGUCGUGCUGGCCGUGGUAUUCCCCGUGGGCGCGGGGCCUCGGGGCCCCUGACCCCCCGUGGGGGUGCUCGGGGCCCGCCCGUGCCCCCCCUCGGCCGAGGCCGUGGGCCCCCCCUGCCCCCUGGGGUGCCGCCCCUCCCCCACCUGGGUGGUCCCCCCCUGCCCCCUCGGGGAAGCCUGGUCGGUAAGCGGAAGUUCGAUGCCCCACCCCCGCACCACCAGGGAGGGGCGGCCGACGCCACCAAGCGGCGCUUCCAAAACAGUGCCGGAGGCGGUGGUCAGUGGGGUAGUCACCCCAUCGCCCAGCAGCCGCUCAACUCCUCUGGAGGCUACAACGGAUUUCGGCGAGGGCAGGGCAAUCAUCCCGCCCACUGGUACCAGGACUCCUACGGACAGCAGUGGGGCUAGGCCCCAUCCUCCAUAUCCACCCGGUGUUUUCUUCUCGUUUCUGUUCUUCAUGCUAUGUUUCUCGUUUGUUUGUCUCUUGUGUUUUCGUCAGGUAUUCUUCCAAGCUCUCGUUUUUUGUUCUGAAAGGUCCUCUGUGCGUGGACUUAGACACGGACCGUUCAAAUGUAAUGUUCGUUACUUUUUCUUUUUUUUUUCUUGUCUUGAGUUUUACCACUCCCCGUCUCGAUGGGAAGAAACAAUUGCCAGAUGGACUGAUGAGAAAUCAAGCUUUGGAAUAGUACUCUUGUCGACUUCUAUAGAUUAGUUUGCAGUCUAAUCCCAGUUUUUUGAUUGUUUCAUGGCAACAAAAAUUUUUUAAAUUAAUUUGCAUUUUUUAAAGCUUGCAUUGAUAUCUGCUUUUAAUGCAUAGUAAAAGACACACUGAAAUUUGAAGUCUGCUUUAUUUUUCCCCCCUUUUAAAAUUUGAAUUGAAAAUAUGCAAUGUAGUUCAUUGACUGAGAAAAUCAGUAUUGCUUAAUGAAUAUAUGUAUAUCAAGUUUUUUCUGGCAUUUGAUUUUUCGCAAUGAAAUUUAAAAUGAUCAUUGGAGUCUAACAUAAAGAAUCAGAAAAUAUGUUUUUGAGAAAUGUAUUAGUAAUUUCAGAGACCUCGUAGGUUGCAGCUGAAAAUUUAAAUUUUAAUGCCAAAAGUUAAAUUUAUUAUUUUUAAGUCUGUUUAUAAGUUGAAAAUGUAAGCACUUUUUUGGAAAAGUUCUAUUUGACAAAUAUGUGCGAUUGCUUUUGGAAUGAUCAUUUAAAUUGGGUUUCCAUGGUAUUUCUUACAUAUUGAGUUUUAGGGAAGAAUUUUUAUUUCAACUCGAUAGCAUGUUCCGAGUUGCCAUCCCUCUCUUGUGAAAUCAAACAAAUUGCUCCAAGGGAUUGUGAUGGCCGCCUUCUGUUCACUUCGCGAUGUAUAAAUUUUUGUGUUCACUAAAGGAAAUGGCUGCCUUCAAAAUCUCUUGCCUUUUUAACCUGUGGGCUUUAUCUGAUGGCAUCCUGUUUACUUGUUGACAUUUUGGAGAGACAUUGUUCCCUGUUACGUCUUCGUCUGGUGUAUAGGAGUUGUUAAGUUUUCGGGAUAUAUGCAUUGUUUGUUUUACACAUUUUUAAAAUACUUCUUAAUACUUAAAAUAUCCCUUUUAAGUAAAAGUUGAUACAAUAAACUAGAAUCUACUUCUAAGGAUUUAUUUUCUUUAAAAAAAAAAAUAUUUUAAGUUUACUUUCUGCAUCUCAGUGUCAUUGAUCUAUCAGUCCUGAGAAAUCUCCUUUUAUUAAAUCUAAUUUUCUUAUAUUCUUGAAACAUAAAAGAAGAAUAAAUUGAACUUUAUUUCCAAAACUUAAGAAUCCUUCAUGAAAGAAAAUACUAAAAGUUCAGAGGCAGUUAGUCCCUUUUUGUAUGAUUAAAACUUUACAUGCCUUUAGUAAAAAUUCAUCAAAAAAUUGUAAUGCUUAAUAUUUGUCAUUUCAUCUGUUAACUGGGUAUUAGGAAAUAUUUCAUUACACUGGUAUUCUUUUUUAUUGUUGCUAUUAUGUGCAACAAGUUAAACAAAGGUCAUUUUAUGGUUAAUAGCAUGGUUUUUUUUUUUU